UCGUAUUUUACCGAGUACCGACGAUUUCGUUUUCGUCCUCGUAUCCAAGUUUGCGCGGAAAUUUCUCAUCUUGUUGCCCCCGCGGUUUCGUCCGUGCUUGCUUUCACGAAUUACGAUUAUUAACUUUAGUUCUUGUCGCGGCCUCGCGGGGUGGGGGGCGGCACCGCUGGUGCUUCUAUUUAAGCCUUCGUUGGGAACAAGUUGAUCCUUCCCAGCUCCGGCGCAGUGUUCCGGAGAGGUGCAAGGUGGAAGGCACAUUUGCUGGGAAUUUGGGCAAUCAGCUUUUAAGUAAUUGUGGUCUACUGCUGUUUGAUUAUUAUUGAGAUUCACUCAUUUGGUUGGAUGAGAGUUCUGGCUGGAGACUUACAAGUUUAGCACUGUUGUCGGCUUGUGAUUAAAUAGCAUCACUUCACAUACAACACUGGAUAAUGGAUCGUAGGGAUACUUCAGGGUUUGUUAGUGGAGGGUGCAAAAAUAAUGAAGCCUACUAAUUUCUCUAGAUCUUCUAACUUGGUAGCUUUGUUGACAAUUAUUUAACCCAGAAGUGAGGCCAGCUGGUACUUCCCAUAAAGUUUGGUUACUCUAGGAGCAAUGGAACACAGGCACGGGCGUUCAGCAUUCAAUAUAAGUUUCUCAAAUCCAAAUGGCUUUGCGUAUCAGUGCACUGCCAUUCCAGCCAUCAGUUAUCCAGCAGCUGGUUCUAGCCAACUUCAUGUGCUAGCUCCUAGAGGUUGCAAGAGAAAGUGGACUGAGUUGGCUCUAGGUCUGGGUGACUCAUCAAGCUCAGACAGCAGCAAGCAGAGCAUGGGUACUGGCUACACUGUUUCUUCUGCCAAGGGAAGCGAUGAUGUCUCAUGUAUGGACUACGACAUAAGUUUUCAGUUAUCUCUUGGCAAUGAAGGUACUUCCAAGCUGCAUAAACAGGCUUGUGAUUCUAAAAGGACUAUGGAGAAGCCUCGGUUGGAUCUUAAGUUAUCUUUGGCUCCAUCUCAGUCCGAUGUAACUGAUGCAGAUCUAAUUAGAAGCAGUGCACCUCAGGACAUGUUUGUGCACCCGUACUUGGUGUCCUCAGUACCAACAGUUGAUGAAGGAUCUACAUCUGCUCGACAUUCAUCUGGAGGCAUGGUGGGUUCCUUUCUUAACCGGGCAGGGAUUUCUCUGAGUCAAGCGUUCCCAGCUAACUCUAAUCAGGUUCAAGGUCCAGCUCCUUCAGCACCAACAGUGCUCCAACUGCCAAAAAGUUCAGCUGCCUCUUCUUCUGGGUUUGCCCGUUCACAGCAACGCAACAGUAGCACAAAAAUUUGUUCAGAGCCAGGUUGUGCAAAAGGAGCCAGGGGUUCAUCUGGGCGGUGCAUUGCCCAUGGUGGGGGUAGAAGGUGCCAAAAGGAAGGCUGCAACAAAGGAGCUGAGGGCAAGACCAUCUUCUGUAAAGCCCACGGAGGGGGGAAGCGCUGUGAACACCUUGGAUGUACCAAAAGUGCCGAAGGCCGGACUGAUUUCUGCAUAGCCCAUGGCGGCGGGCGGCGUUGCAGUCACGAAGGGUGCAAAAGGGCAGCACGAGGCAAAUCGGGCCUCUGUAUCAAGCAUGGUGGUGGGAAGAGGUGCCAAAAGCCAAACUGCACAAAGAGCGCCGAAGGGCGGUCAGGCAUGUGUAUUGCUCAUGGUGGCGGGCGGCGCUGUCAGUAUGCUGGGUGCGGGAAGGGAGCUCAGGGCAGCACCAAUUUCUGCAAAGCCCACGGUGGUGGCAAGAGAUGCACACACCCUGACUGUUCCAAGGGUGCCGAGGGAAGCACGCCGUUCUGUAAAGCUCAUGGAGGCGGCAAGCGUUGUUCAGCCGACGGCUGCACAAAGAGCGUGCAUGGUGGUACCCAGUUCUGCGUCGCGCAUGGAGGUGGGAAGAGGUGCGCGGUAGAAGGAUGCAGGAAGAGCGCAAGAGGCAGGACGGACCGCUGCGUUGGCCACGGUGGGGGCAAGCGAUGCCACUCUGCUGGCUGUGGAAAGAGUGCACAAGGAAGCACCGAUUUCUGCAAGUCACACGGUGGAGGCAGGCGCUGCUCAUGGGGACAUCCGGGCUCAGACCUUGGAUCUGGCAGCGCUGCUUGUGACCGUCUGGCAAGAGGCAAAAAGGGUUUAUGUGAUCGACACAACCCGCUGGUGGAUGACAACAGUGUCCAUGGGGGUGCGUCUUUUGGUGGUUUCAGCAUCGUCAGUGCUGCUCUUUCUGAGGGAGAUGGUUCUCCUGUCACCGAAACAAGCAUGCGCAGCUUCUUCAUGCACACGGUGGAGGCUCCUCGCCAUGUGGCGGCCUCAGCCCAUGAAGGCCGGGUGCAUGGCGGGAACUUUAUGCCCAUCAUGCUUGACGGUGGUGUGGGACUUGGGAAGAAGCCGGCUAACAACGCUGAUGCCAGUACCUCUGCUCCUCGCUACUGGAAAAAUAUGGAGAAAGCGUAUGGCUCUGCGCAGCGCAACUGGCUGUAAUGGCAGAGUUCAUGGCCUGCCCCCGCCAUCUCGAUAUCCUCCUGCGUUCAAGUAUCUCCCGUACCCUCUGGUCUGGUGUGAAAUCUAUUAUGCGUGGUAUGAUCCGUUUGUGUGUACUGAUUGGUCAGGACUUGUUUGCUAGUGUGGACGUUGUGGUUGUUUGUGCUUUGUAAUAUCUGUCUCGUCGAACAUACCUAGUAACACAAUAGCUGUGUGAAUGAAUUGUGCGAAAGGAGCCCCUCACCAUGAUUUAUAUAAAUAAAAGAGGAGGUUGCAUCAGUCGGUGUAAUCGAAGUGUGGAUUAUAUAGGUACUGCUUUCAUGGACUUUUA